UUACAAGUAAAUACUAUGAAAUCAAAGUUGUAAAUGAGAUUAUUGCUGUAUAUAUCAAGCGCGGUUCAGCUGUCGACUUGUCACAGUCAUACGUAAAGCGGUGACAUAAAGUAGACACGGCCUGUCGUCAGCUUCGAAAUAUUUCGACGAUAUUUCGACAAUUUGUGAUUUUAUAUAAAACUUUGUUUAUAAACAAAUAUUGUAAAAUGUAUGUUCGUCUGUUAAUCUGUGCGGUUGUACUCACGCUUGCGGUAAAUCAAGUGAUUGCGGCAAUGACGAUGGAACAAAUUCAAAAAACCGCGCAAACUAUGCGAAAUACGUGCACCACGAAAACUCACGCGGAUCCAGGGGCUGUCGCAGGAAUACAAAACGGUGCGUUCCCAGACGAUGAUCAGACAUUGAAAUGCUAUACGCUUUGCAUCAUGAAGACAAUGCGAACUUUUAAGAAUGGACGCAUUGACUCCGGAAUGAUGAUCAAACAAAUGGACCUGAUGAUGCCCGCCGAAAUGGCGGAACCACUGAAGGUAACCGCUAGUACGUGCGCGGCGCAACCUGCCGCCGGAGACGACUGUGAAACGACUUAUCAGUUUGUGAAAUGCAGCUACCAAACGGAUCCGGCUCAUUUCUUCUUCCCGUAACCGAAUGUUAUAGAUGUUCGUUCGAAGUUGUAAUUAUUUCUAGAGACAAACAGGAAUGCAAAUAUUGUAUAAGUUCCAAUAAAAGUCUGUCUUUUGUUUUUGUGCAAA